AUGGUUGCGAGGACUAUGAUAAUAGCAUUCCUAGUUUUGUUAACGUACCUCUCAGUUACUAAUGCAUCGAACAUUACAACUGAUGAGGCUGCUCUUUUAUCUUUCAAAGCUCAUAUAACUUCAGAGCCCAAUGAAAUGUUGUCAAAAAACUGGACAAAAGGAACUCACAUUUGCAAUUGGAUAGGCAUAUCUUGCAGUAAAAAGCAUCAAAGAGUGACAUCAUUAGUCCUCAAAAGCUUUGGAUUUAGAGGUUCAAUCGCAACAGAUAUUGGGAACCUCUCCUUCCUUAACUCUUUGGACAUUGGAAACAACAGUUUCUAUGGCCAAAUCCCCGAUGAAAUAGGGCGUCUGAGGCGUUUAAAAUACUUGUAUUUGCAAAUGAAUAAUCUCACUGGUCAAAUCCCACUAAGCCUUGGAUUUCUUACAAGGCUUCAAGUUCUUCAUCUUUCUAAAAAUCGUCUAUUUGGAAAUGUUCCAUUGUCCAUUUUCAGUUUGUCUUCUUUAAAGGACAUUGAUUUGUCUCGGAAUUAUGAGUUAACUGGGAGUUUGCCAAAUGAGAUAUGCACUAAUCUGCCAGUGUUGGAAUAUAUAUCCCUGCAAUAUAAUCAAUUUGUGGGUGAACUUCCUAAAGGUUUAAAUAAAUGCACCAAACUUGAAGUUCUGUCCUUGUCUUAUAACAAAUUCACAGGAAAUUUACCAAGAGACAUGUGGAACAUGUCAAAGGUUCAAGAAUUGUUUAUUGGAUGGAAUAACUUUACAGGUACGUGA